ACACAAAAGCAAAGCUUCUCCAAAUUCCAUAUUUCUCUGCUUCCUUUCUGAAUCUGUGAUUAGCCAUGACUAGAAAGAAGGUGAAGCUCCAAUACAUCUCUAAUGACUCUGCAAGGAAAGCCACCUUCAAGAAAAGAAAGAAGGGUCUCAUGAAGAAGGUGAGUGAACUCACCACCCUUUGUGGGAUUGAAGCCUGUGCUAUUAUCUACAGCCCUUAUGACUCUCACCCGGAGAUUUGGCCUUCUCAAGCUGGAGUCCAGCGGGUGCUGUCCCGCUUCAAGAAGCUGCCCGAGAUGGAGCAGAGUAAGAAGAUGGUGAAUCAGGAGAGCUUCUUGAGGCAGAGGAUUGCCAAGUCCAACGAGCAGCUCAAGAAACAGAGUAAGGAAAACAGGGAGAAGGAGAUGACACUGGUCAUGUUCCAGGGGCUCACUGGGAAAUCACUGCUCAGUCUCAACAUGAUGGAUUUGAAUGAUCUGGGAUGGCUGAUUGAGCAGAAUUUGAAAGACAUUAACAAAAGGGUGGAUUUGCUUAGCAAAUCUGGAUCCCAUAAUUCUCAAGUGCUACAAUCCAGCAUGGUGGCGCCCACUCCCGAUGUGGCAGUGGACAGGGCAGUAAUGGGCAUGGAGACGAACAUGCAGAGGCAGCAGCAGUGGUUUUCUGACAUGAUGAACAGUCAUGAGCAAAUGGGAUUUGGAGGGGAUGACAUGAUGUUCCCUUUUGGGGAUGGCAACCAUAAUAAUCUUUGGUCUAAUGCAUUCUUCCCUUGAUUCAGGAAAAACAAUGUACCAAUGUGUCAGGUGGUGACAUUGGUUGGUCUCCUGUUUUUAUUAUCAUAUGCAUGUUUUCCAGCAUUUUCCGUUUUCCAUUGUAAUUGAUGUCUGCCAAUGGGAAAGAAUUGAAGAAUAAUUAGAUUAUUAGAGGGUGGAUUCGUGUGGAUUGAAUUUAAAGGAUGUAUACCUUUCUCGGUGUUUUAGGUAUGAUUAGUAUCUUUGGUUAUUAAUUUAGCAUUUGAAGGGUGUAUAACAUUUGUUUAGUCAUUAAUUUCACAUAUAACUAGAAAUAAAAGUGCAGGCAUUUC